AUGAUGGCGAGCAGAAAUAGGAUCGCGCGGAGGGCGCUGUCUUCGUGGGGCCAGUGCCCAAACAAGGUGCUGCCACGCUCCGCGACGGCAUCCUUCCACACAACAGCUGCACCGGCAACGGAUGGCGUGUACCGCGACCUUACUGACACACGAGUUCGCAUGCCGUGGAUAGAGGCCUUUCACAAGCAGCAGAAAGGGCAGAUGAUGGAGGAUAUGGAAGAUACCCCAGAGGAACGCGAUCUCACUCCGAAAAAGAUGACUGACAGCUAUCAUCGUGUCGUUCUUCCGCUUGGCCAGGAUCCGUGGCUGUCGGAUACAUACAUCAACUCUUCAGGCCAUAUCAGGCUCGGCACAUUGCUCAUGGAUCUCGAUGCGCUUUCUGGCAUCAUCGUUUACAAACACACGGGUCCUGGUGUCACCACCGUCACAGCUGCUUUGGACCGCGUCACACUCGCCCAUCCUCUCACAGAAAUCUGUGAUCUCGAGUACAGCGGCCAAGUCACGUAUGCCUCCGGCAGGAGCAGUGUCGAGAUCACUUGCAGGGUCGCCAAGGCCACAGCUGAGGGCGAGCCCAGCAAGCCUGAAGACGUCCUCCUGACUUGCACAUUCACCAUGGUGGCGCUGGAUCCCAAGUCCAAGAAGCCCGUCAACAUUCCCAAGCUCGAGUACAGCACGCCCGAGGAAGAGAGGAUCUACAAGGCGGGCGAGGCCAAGUCAAUCGCCAAAAAGGAGACGCUCAAAGCGUCACUCCUACAAACAGAGCCGAAUGAUCCCGAGUCGGCACUGAUUCAUCGCAUCUGGCUCCGGCAGCUGGCAUACCACGAUCCCAACAACAGCCUCCGCCAACCCAAGAACGUGGUGGCCAUGUCCAAGACACAGCUGUCGACGGCCGCCAUCAUGCAGCCCCAGUACCGGAACCGCCACCAGACAAUGAUCUUUGGUGGGUUCCAUCUCAAACAGACGUUCGAGCUGGCCUUUUGCUGCGCAGCCAGUUUUGCCCACGCACGCCCGACCUUUAUCAGCGCUGAUCCAUGCACCUUCCGCAACCCUGUCCCCGUUGGCAGCGUCCUGUAUCUAACGGCCACCGUGGCCUACACCGAUCCCCCGUUGCUGGAGGAGGAUGGCUCAGAGCCCCAUCAGGUGGAUGCCGACCAGCCCAUGACGCGCGUGCACGUUCGCGUGGACAGCAAAGUCAGGGACGUGGAGCAUGGCGUCGCGAAACCAACGGGCCAGUUCAACUACACGUUCUCCGUCCCCAAAAACCUCAAGGUGCUCCCGCAUACGUACGAGGAGUACAUGAUGUACAUUGACGCCAAGAGGCGUGUCAAACACGGGGACGCUCAGCGAAAGCAAGAGGAGAUGACAUCGUUUGCGAGCUUCAACGAACGUUCGUCGAAACGCAAGUCCUCGAGAAUCUACCAGGACCUCAAUUCUAUACACUUCUCUAGCCUCCGGGGUCUGGGACAGGAGCAGCAACUUCGAAAGCUGAGCACUAUGGAUACUUACCGCAAGCGUAGCCAUAGCGGCAGCGAAAAGCCCCAUGUUGGCAUCGUCGGCGCUGGCUUAGCCGGACUGCGUUGCGCAGACAUCCUCCUUCGCCAUGGAUUUCAAGUGACCAUCCUAGAAGGGCGGGAACGCAUCGGAGGUCGUCUUCACCAGGAGAGACUACCAAAUGGGCAUCUCGUGGAUAUGGGGCCUAAUUGGAUCCACGGCACAAAGGAUAAUCCAAUACUCGACAUUGUCAACGAGACCAAGACAGAUGUCGGCAGCUGGGACACGAGGUCGUACGCUUUUGACGAGUUUGGUGGCUUGUUUGACGUUGCCAAGAGCGACAUGUAUGCGGAUAUCAUGUGGGACAUUGUGCAAGACGCCUUCAAGCACUCGAAUGAGUAUUCGGCAGAGAUUGACGACAAGGAAAGCUUACAUGACUUCUUUAUGGAAAAGGUGGUGCAAAAACUACCCGAAACCGACCAGGACUGGCAGAUGAAGCGACACGUUGUCAUGCAGAUGUCCGAGCUAUGGGGUGCCUUCAUUGGGAGUCCGAUCCAGAGGCAAAGCCUCAAGUUCUUCUGGCUAGAGGAGUGCAUAGAGGGAGAUGACGAUCAGAAGGUCCAAGGCUUCGUUCAAUGGCUUUCUCCCGCUUAUGCACCCGAGUCGAACCCUGGGAGAUGGUACCAGGAUGUUGUCGAGCUCGCCAGUCUCACGCCCGAGACCUCACAUCCUACACUCUUGUUCUACAUGUACGGCGCCCAGUCCGAGCAUGUCACAACGCGGGUCGCGGAACUACAGACGAAGCACGAGAAAGAUGAAUUCCUGGUUGCCUAUUUCAGGCCGUAUUACUCUCUCCUACCUCACUAUAAGGAGUCUGACGAACGAUGCCAGCCGACAAGCUGUCUGUCAACAGCCUGGUCCAAGGACGAGCUUGCAGGGCAGGGCAGUUACAGUAACUUCCAAGUCGGCUUGACUGAAGGCGACCGUGACAUUGAGGUAAUGAGACAUGGGCUUCCGGAACGUGGUCUUUGGUUUGCUGGCGAGCACACAGCACCGUUCGUGGCUUUGGGCACAGCGACAGGGGCCUACUGGAGUGGCGAAGCAGUCGCAAGGAGACUUGCGGAGUCUUAUGGUAUGAAGAUGGCCGAAGUAUCACAGUGA